UUAUGCGAAAGUAAAAGUCAUUGAAAAGUAAAUACUCGCUAGUAGACCGUGCCUUGAUCGAUCGGAAGCGAACGCGGGUUUAUUUGUCGUAUUACUGCGAAACUUGUUAAAAUAGUUUACGUUGUUCCUUCGCGAAGGUGAAAAUGAAAGUUUUUCGGUCGACUCUUCCGUGUCUCGCCGCGUUCCAAAUCGCAGGUUUGGCGGCUUUCAUUAUCCCCGACGAAUUGCCGUCCAUCUUAUCGGUAAUAUACUCAAAUAUCCCCACCCUUAAAAAAGGUACCGACUCACGAAUAGGUUGGGGCUUCAGAUUAGGCGACAGGGCCGAUUUCCAAGUGCUUACGGAGCUGGGGCCGCAGAUUAACACGCAACCCUUGGCCAAUCAGGGGGAUAAUAACAAUAAGCGGGAGGCGCUGAACAGUUUAUCGAACGUUUUGUAUGCACAACGCCAGCAGGAUCAGAAAGAAGAAGAAAAGAAGGCUUCGAGCGAUACCAAAGGUAAAGGUGAGAAAUGGCUUGAAACAUGGAGCGAAACGGUAAGAAGCGAGCAGGAAAAUGAAACGCGACAGUUUCAGCCGAAACCGGGGCUCGGCGUUGGGGAGAUCGACGCAAAAUCAGUAAUUCCAAGCGACUACGAGCUAGAACGCAUCGAAAAAUUAAAGGUUAAGUUAAAGGAAAUGCUGAAGGAUGUGGAAGUCACGCAAGCCUCAGUUGAUAAAGGACAGACCUCGGGAUGAUGUAAAAAGCUGAUUUUAUUUAUAAAUUAAAUGUGUU